GGCUAAUCUGAGCAGAUUGACUUGAGAGCGGCACCUUCUCUCUCUCUCUCUUUUGCUGUCGGCGUCUGUUGCCAUGACGAUGUGACACUUUGCGGUGGACAAGGUGUCAGAUCAAUCAUCUUUGUCUGGGGAGGUCAUCGUCGAGGAAGACAAGAUGAUGCUAAAUGACAGCUGGACCGUGAUGAACAACAGCAGCUCGGAGCUGGACGGCAAACGAGAAAAUAAGCGCAAGAAAUGCUGCAGCUUCCUCAUGUGGACGGUCCUGAUGGUCGUCACGGUAGCGAUCGUCACGGCGGCCGUCACCAUCCUCUAUGUGAAGCACUACCCGCUGCCCUUCAUUAACAGAGACGAGGCGUCGUCUUCUUCGCCCGUCAUCUCGACCAAUCGCAAGGAGUCGGGCGCCCUGGUGACGGUGUCCCAGGAGGGCGACGGUGAACCAAUCAGCAUCUUCCUGGACCCCAACUGUCCCGACCCCGCCCAGCACUUUGAACGCUGGGAGGCGCUGCACACUUCGCUCAUUCGGGCGCUGAGCGUGCGUAACGCCGAAGACUGGCAGGGGAUGGGCCGCGUCCAGGCGCUGGUUGAGGAGCUCAAGGCGACCGCGGGACACGUGCUCGACCUCCGGCGGGAAGCGCAGGCUCUGAAAAGCGGCCAAGGGGUGCUGGAGCAGAGACUGGAACGCCUGCAGAACCAGCAGAACCGCGUCGCUCAGGUGCUGUCAGACGAGCACGCCGGGGUCCUCAAGCUCAGUUCGGCUUUGACGGAUUCGCUGUCCAGUCUCCAGAGAGAGACAGAGAGUCUGAGCGGACUUCACAGGGACAAACGCAAAGCUCUCACGCCCAGAGACUGCAGUGAGGUCAUGGCGGCAGGAAAUUCCCAAGAUGGCGUCUAUUCCAUAUUUCCCAUCCAUGAGCCCGGCGGCUUCAUGGUUUACUGCGACUUGAGCACAGACGGGGGAGGCUGGACCGUGAUUCAGAGAAGACAGGAUGGCUCUGUCAAUUUCUUUCGUGGUUGGAAUGCAUAUCGAGAUGGCUUUGGAACGACAACAGGAGAGCACUGGCUAGGCCUGCAGAGGAUCUACGCUAUGACACGGUCAGGAGGUUACGAGUUGCGAAUCGACAUGGCCGACUUUGACAACGCCACAGCCUUCGCUCUUUACGCCGAAUUCUCCGUGGGCCGCGACUCGGUCAACCCCGAGGAGGACGGAUACCCACUGGCUGUGGACGGCUACUCGGGAACUGCAGGCGAUUCUCUCCUGAAGCAUUCCGGAAUGCAGUUCACCACAAAAGACCGGGACCAGGACCAGUCAGAGAACAACUGCGCCACAUACUACCAGGGCGCUUGGUGGUACCGCAACUGUCACACGUCCAACCUGAACGGGCAGUACCUGGGAGGAGGCCACGCCUCUUACGCUGACGGUGUGGAGUGGUCCAGCUGGACCGGCUGGCAGUACUCUCUGAGAUUCACCGAGAUGAAGAUACGGCCCGCAGCCAAACCCAAUUGACCUUUCACCCCUCACAGAAAAGACAUACAGUGCACUUCCCAUUGGAUGGAAUAUGAUCAUCACGUACCGCGCUUUCGAAAAGAUUUGAGCAGUCAAACUUCUGCUGUCGUUUCACUUCAACCACGAAUUCCAGCCUGUUCUUAUAUCUGAAAGUGUUUUGGGAUUGCUCUAAAAAUAACUUUGAACUUAUUACUGUGUUUUUGUAGGGUUGAAAGAUUUUCAUUAAAUACCUUUUUUUU